AUGUCGAUAUCGAAGGUACACAAAGUUCUUUAUGACGGACGCAAAGCCAAGGCUUGCCUGGACAUAGUUAUAGUCGGUUGUGGCUUGGGCGGCCUGGCUGCAGCAUUCUGCCUUGGGCAAGCGGGGCAUAGGAUCACCGUAUUAGAGAGUGCGCCCGCGAUCGGUGAAGUCGGUGCAGGUAUCCAGACUACACCAAACCUUACGCGGCUAUUAAUUCGCUGGGGACUGGGUCCGGUAUUGAAGGAAAUCACGGUUAAACCCGAAGCGCUUGCUUUCCACAGAUGGAAAACAGGAGAACGUGUUGCAUACACCCGGUGGGGCGAUCGCAUGGAGAAAGACCAUGGAUCCCCUUACUAUCACAUCCACAGAGCUGAUCUACAUAAGCUCCUUUUUGAUCUGGCGACACCGUUCAUGAAUCUUCGGCUGAGCUCUCGAGUGGUGGCCGUCGAUCCUACCAUUCCAACCGUCACACUCAUGUCUGGAGAGGUUAUCAAGACGGACUUGAUUAUCGGAGCCGACGGCAUCAAGUCCUUAGUUCGCGAAGUAGUUGUUGGUGGUCCUGAUAAACCGGUACCGACCGGGGAUGCAGCAUACAGGGCAAUCAUCAGUACUAAACCUAUGAUCAAAGAUCCUCUUCUCAAACCUCUGGUAGACACACCCGAGAUGUGCGGUUGGAUGGGUCCUGACAAGCAUAUUAUGGCGUAUUGCAUCCGUGGCAAGAAAGAGUAUAAUAUGGUUAUGAUACACCCCGAUGACGGUUCCGUUGAGUCCUGGACGGCCGAAGGCAGCGCUGACAAGAUGAGGUCGCAUUUUAUCGGGUGGGAACCCAGAGUAGUGAAAUUAUUGAGCCAUGUGAAGACUGCGCUACAAUGGAAGCUUAUGGAUCGGGCUCCAUUGGAUACCUGGGUACACUCCGAAGGCAAGGUCGUCUUGUUAGGUGAUGCGUGUCAUCCCAUGCUGCCUUAUCGCGCGCAAGGUUCAGCCAUGGCUAUAGAAGACGGCGCAGUGAUCGGCAACCUCUUGUCGAGGCUCACUGAUCGGUCACAAGUGCCUGCCCUGUUGCAAGCAUAUCAAGCUCUUCGUCACCCUCGCGCGUCCGCGACUCAAGCCUCUGCUCGUCUUAAUCAGAAGAUAUUUCACUAUCACGACGGCCCCGAGCAGGAGGCGAGGGACGCGUCCAUGAAACAAGCUAUGCGGGCAGAACUGGGGGAGAUUGAUAUUGACGCGACAGAGGGCAACGCCAACCACUAUGACGCUGAUUUAGAAGUAGAAAAAUGGUGGAAGGAGCAAGGUGAGAAAAUAUUUGGAGUUGAGAACGAGCCUACCAGCAAGAUGUAA